AUGGGAUCUAUCGACGAAUCUUCUGCCACUCUCUUAUAUGCCAGUUCGUUCCGCGCGGUCGUAAAACUAAGGAAGACUUCCACGUGCCCCCUUAUCUACAAAAUGUUGAAGCUUGAGUUGAACGGUUGUUUGAAUGCAAAGCUUAAACUCAAGCAUGAGGAGCGCAAAGCUUCCUCUGAGAACGCUAAGACAUUCUGGAGCUACUGUAAUUUUAGAUUAAAGGAGUCUUCAUCAAUCAGUGCUAUCGUAUCGUCUACUGGUUCUGUGUGCACAUCUGACUAUGACUUGUUAGGAUAA